AUGGCACAAACCGACUAUGAAGCAGGAGCGAUAUCUGCUCUACAAUUUGUAUUUCCCAAUAUUUUAGUAAAGGGCUGCUUCUUCCACUUUACGCAGGCCAUUUGGCGUAAAGUUCAGCAUUUAGGUGUAGUCAAGCAGUAUAAAGAAGAGACUGCUGUAUACACUAUUGUUCGAAGGAUGAGUGUAUUACCUUUAUGCAAGAGAGAGGACAUUCAAGUGGUCCGUGAUUCUUGUGUAGAUCUAGCAGCCAAUGACCCGUUAAUAUUAAGUUUCUUAAUAUAUAUGGAUACUACCUGGAUAAAUUCUGAUGCAAUCUUUCCUCAUCAAAUUUGGACCAGGUAUAAGAUUCAAGGUCCUCGCAAUAAUAAUCAUCUCGAAGGAUAUCACCAUUCCCUCAAGCGAAUGGCAAAAAAUGCUCAUCCGGACAUAUAUUCAUUAAUUCGCGUUUUAAAAGAUAACCAACGCCUGACAGAACUUAAAGUUAUACAAAUCAAUAACGGGGAAAUAUUGUAG